UCGGUACUUGUCCCUUGGGGGCACCUGCACUUGACCAGACUGAUUGAUGAGCACUUGGAACGCGGCGAUUAUAAUUGGAGAAGACGAGAAUGGAUGUACACGGAAGGUACCUUACUCUGCCGUCCACCUCCCCGACUUGGACCUUCCCCUACCUAAUAUCUGGUGCAGAGGUAGGUACUGCUGUGUCUACCUUAUACAUACUCCUUACGGAGUAUUCCUCCACUAUUACUCCUCACUUCUCCACGUCCUCGGUACCUCCUCACUUUACUUCGUCUUGACCGAGGGCCGAGAUCGUUACUCAACUCAUAGCUUUCAUCGUCUCUGCCUUUUCUUCUUUUCUUUUUUCAACAUACAACCACACUCGACAUCCCUUCAUAUUCUUUUUAUCAUUAUUGGUAUCUUAACAAUUCCUCGUCUUCUUCUAUCUCCUACCAUCUCACUUCUUACACUAGCCCUAGCUUUGGUUUUGUGCUUCCACCAUCAUCCCGAAGGUGAUUAGUGAUCCAUCCGAGCUCCCUGUUGCCGCACCUCGACACCGCUUCCUGUUGAUGUCCUCGCCGUCCUUUUCGUCCUCAUUCUUCUCGUUCUGUUACUUUCGUCAUUUCGACUGCCCGUUCAUCAAAUUCAUAGAGUCGAUAGCCCGAUCUUGCAUGAUCUAGGCAUUGAGCUCUAUCCUUUGGCUUGACGUUACAUCUCUCAUACUUCCUCUCUUCCUCUCUUCCUCUCUUCCUCUCUUCCUCUCUUCCUCUCUUCCUACGUAGUUGCAACGAUGACACCCUCGGUCCGAGUUAUCCCAAACGUGAGUCCUUAUUGUCUGCU